AUGGACGCAGAAUCGGAAGGUAUUCCACCGGUGGCCACGGGCAGUGGCCAACCACCAUCCAUAGAGCCAGAGUUCGAUCUGGCCGCCAGACGCAAGAUGUUUAUGUCCCAGCCCUCGACCGUGGCCAUCCGACGUCAGCAGGCGGUGUGCGUUCGUCGGGCACACAAAAUCUACGGCACCAAGAAAAAUCCCAACGUCAUCCUCGACGGGCUCAACAUGACCGUACCGAAGGGUUCAAUCUACGGUCUUCUGGGAGCCUCCGGUUGCGGUAAGACAACCCUCCUGUCGUGCAUCGUCGGUCGCCGAAGGCUCAACUCGGGCGAGAUCUGGGUGCUCGGAGGUCGGCCAGGAUCGCGCGGUUCCGGUGUGCCGGGUCCUCGGAUCGGGUACAUGCCACAGGAGAUCGCCCUGUACGGUGAGUUUACGAUCCGCGAGACGCUGAUCUACUUCGGCUGGAUCUACGGCAUGACGACGGAUCAGGUCGAUGAGAAGACGGACUUUCUGUGCAAGUUGCUGCAGCUGCCCAACGCGUCCCGCUUCGUGAAGAACCUGUCCGGGGGUCAGCAGCGACGCAUGAGCCUGGCGGCGGCCCUGCUUAACCAGCCGGAACUGCUCAUCCUCGACGAACCCACCGUCGGCGUGGAUCCGGUCCUUCGCCAGAGCAUAUGGGAUCACAUGGUCGAGAUCACCAAGUCCGGCAACACGACCGUCAUCGUGACGACGCACUACAUCGAGGAAACGCGGCAAGCGCACGUCAUCGGGCUGAUGCGCGGCGGGAAGUUCCUCGCCGAAGAGUCGCCGGCCGAUCUGCUCGCCCAGUACCAGGCCGAAUCGCUGGAGGAUGUGUUUCUGAAGCUGUCCGUCCUGCAGAACAUGGGCAAACGGAGGCGAUCCUCGAUCGCCCAGGAAGUAGUGGAGCACGUGCGAAUACCGGCCAUCAGCAAUCCGGCGCUGGAUCUGUCCCCGGAAGAGGACCACGGAGAGAUAUCGGGUGAGUUCGGUGACAACAUCUCGAUGUCGUCGCGCGGUCCGGAUGCCGUUACGCCCGAAGUCCAGGCACCACCGCUACCACCGGAAGAGGACACGAAGGCGUCGCUGCUGGAGCACAUGAAGUUUAUCAAACCGAACCACAUGAAGGCACUGAUCUGGAAGAACUUCCUCUGGAUGUGGCGCAAUGUUGGGGUGAUGGCGUUCAUCAUUGGACUACCGGUGGCACAGAUCAUCCUCUUCUGUUGGGCCAUCGGACACGACCCGGUCGGACUGAAGUUGGCCGUGGCCAACUACGAGCUGGAGGAAGCAGGUUACGGUACCCAAGAGUGCCCGGUGUUCCCAGGCUGUAACUACUCGUUGCUUAGCUGUCGUUACAUGGAGUUCCUGAAGAAUAGGAGUGUCGUGCUGGAACUAUUCGAAAGUGAAAACGACGCACUGAACGAGGUCAGCCGCGGCAAUGCCUGGGGAGCGCUGGUGUUCGCUUCGAACUACUCCGACUCACUCGUCGAGCGGACCGAAAGGGGGCGCGAUGUCGAUGAUUUUACCAUCGAGUCAGCGAACCUCGCCGUCACCAUGGACAUGUCGAACCAACAGAUAGGUACGCUCCUGUACCGGGACAUCCAGUACGCGUUCUUCGAUUUUAUCGAGAACAUUCUCGAGGCCUGCGAGGUGAACCCUUCGAACGGGCGGAUCCCGUUCCAGUGGAACAGUCCCGUCUACGGCGAUCGGACACCCAACUUCACGGACUUUGCUGCCCCUGGCGUAAUUCUAACCAUCAUCUUUUUCCUCUCCGUGGCGCUGACCUCCGGGGCGAUGUUGAUCGAACGGAACGAGGGUAUCCUGGAGCGCUGCCUCGUGUCGGGCAUCACCGGGGUCGAGAUCCUGUUCUCGCACGUCACCACGCAGUUCCUGGUGAUGUGCUUCCAGACCGCGCUCGUGAUGGUGUUUAGCUUCUCCGUGUUCAAUCUCACCAACCGCGGCGACAUCGUCUGGGUGGUACUGCUGACCAUACUGACCGGCCUGUGUGGGAUGUGUUUCGGUUUCGUCGUGUCGUGCUCCUGUGACAACGAGCGGUCCGCGACGUAUAUGGCGAUGGGCAGCUUCCUGCCGAUCGUGAUGCUGUGCGGCAUCAUCUGGCCCAUCGAGGGCAUGCACCCGCUGGUGCGGAUCUUCUCCGUCUUUCUGCCCCUCACGAAGUCGACUGAAUCGCUCCGCUCGAUCCUGCAGCGCGGCUGGCUGAUCGAGGACCCGAACGUCUACAUCGGGUUCGCGUCGACCGCCAUCUGGAUCGUGAUCUUCCUAACGAUUAGUAUACUGUUGCUCAAGUUUAAAAAGGGAUAAGCGGGGAAGGGAUUGACAAUCGUGACUGUGGGACCAUCGGCUGGAUCGGCCGAUAGCAAAUAGCACUCGUAAGGAUAUUUAGUCAGGGACUUUACUACGAUUAACGUUUGGACUGGAACACAUCACACCCAUCGGGAAGGGCCACGUCUUCCCCGCGGGGGAAAGCACAACCACCGGGUGUACGCGACUAAUCCGCCCGCUCGUCAUGCUGCUCACGUCCUUCGUGGUCGGAUGCACGUGGUAGCGUAGCGGAUGCCUGUAUUUAUGACAUUUACCAUCGACCGUUCUCCUCACGCUAGGAUGCCCACACAACCGUUUUACUUUUUGUCUCCCAAUUUGUUACUGGCAUGAAGAGCAGCCGCCGACGAGCUAGGUUUGGUUUGUAAGGUAUUUAAGCAGGCUAAUGGAAUAAAAUGAUU